CAAGAAGUUACGGUGGUUGGUUUGUUCCGCAGUUCUGGGGCGUCGAGCCGGGGACCAGCUGGGCCUGGCGCUUAGUCCAUGUCGUUUCCUGCGACUGGAGUGCUUCGACUUUCCCACUGAGCACCGUAUCCUAUCACCGCAACUCCACCGGAGGCGCUGCCCUCGAGCCUCGACCGGGGCUGCAUGCAUGGCACAGUUUCCGGGAGCUGCUGGCCGGGACGAGCAGAGCGUGGAUCUGGCGAUAGAGACGUCCAAGUCGAUUUUGCAGAUCGCCAAGCUGCUUAAGGGUCGGCAAACGAACAGUGACCUCAAGUGGGUUUACGGUCACUUGAUGGUCCACUGCAUCGUUGUUACGGACCAUGUGAACCGCAUCAGGUCUGCAUUAGGCACAGGAAACGAGUUCUUAACCCGGAUUCUGGAUCUAUUCGAGUCUCUCGUCGCCGACUGGAUAGCCCCCGGAGAUCUGACGCCCGGCGCUCACGCGAGGCAGCGCGCGCUUAAUCGGCGCUGGGAAAUUCUACGGAGUCAAGGAAACGGCGCGAAGCUUGAGUUUGCCGAGCAGUGCUUGAGCGUGGCGCAAUCCCCGGGAUCGCGUCCAGGUGAAAAAUUCGACGAGACUUUCGACGCGUGGGAGGAGGACGUCAUCGCAGCGUACCCAGAAGACGGCUCGCAGCGGCUGACAGACGACCGUCCACCGCCGAAGAAGGGACGUGACGAGCCGUCGUAUCGCGUGUUGUUGUACGCCGAAGCACGAGGUCGAUGCCACGCUCGGGCUGGGCACUUACCGGAAGCCCGAUCUAGACGACACCAACUACUUCUACAUGUUUCUUUCUCUGCAAAAGCAUUGGCAGGCGGCUCAUGUCAACACCGUCCGGGACAGCGUGGUCCGAUUUGUCGUGGACGGCGAAACGCCACCGUCACAGAGCACGACGCUGAACUACAAGCCCAUGCUGGUCAAGAAGCUGUGCGAGCAGAUACAGAUGAAGCGGAAUCUGUCUGACCGGCUCGAGUUCAAGGUCGAGAGAGGGCGUCUCUUGAAACUGCGGUCCAAGAAGGCCACGACGUCGAUCGACAGCACGAAACCCACCGUGUCGCUGCAGCAGUUCAUCAAGGAGGGCUCCCGAUCCCUGACGGAGAAGACGAAGCGGAUCCUGGCCGUGCUGCUGAGCUACGCGGUUCUGCAUCUGCACGGUACUCCUUGGCUCCAGCCAACCUGGGAUUCCUCGAAAAUCCUGUUCAUCCGAACCUCGUCGUCCAAGAUCCCGCUACGGCCCUUCAUUCAGACGCAGUUGGUCCGCGACGACGUCAAGCUCGACUUUGGGACUUCCGGGCAGGAAAGCGACGACCACGCAGCUCAAGGCUCGCCGUCAGCAGAAAAUGACUCGGAUUGUCUCGAUUCCGACAAUCUCGACCUGGGCGACAUAGAUCCCGACGACAUCGAGCAUCCGUUUCCCACACUCGUCACCCUCGCCAUCAUGCUGAUGGAACUGUACAUGGCGACGCCGUUCGAGGAGCUGGCGAAGAACCGUGACCUUGGGCUGCCAGAACGACCGGACAGUCGCACCAGACUCCUCGAUGUUGCCUCUGUGUUUGACGAGUACAGGCGCGAAAUCCCUCAGAACUCUCAAUUCUACUACUCCAUAGAAAAGUGCCUCGAUCCAAGGGCUUGGGAAGACGAGUGGGGAAAGAGAAUCGACGAUCAAGCGCUCAGAGUUAUGAUAUAUCGAGACGUUGUCCGGCCCCUAGAGGACGAAUUGUGCGAUGCUUUCACCUUCAUCACCAUCGAGGAGCUCGAUCAGAUCGCCGAAACCGUAGACGUCGGCAGCUGGGGGCAGACGAUCCAGAAUCAGCUGGCCCAGCCUCAAAUCGAGACUUCCCUCCCUCCAAGCGAUGGAGCAAGGCUCCAAGAGCAUCUAUAUUUCGUGGCGACUCAAGCAUCUCUCCGGUAUCCUCCAUCUAAUGCUUUGAACCGGGGUCAUCCAGGACGCUCUCUUCUCUCACCGGGCCUUGGGCAACACCCUCCCCGGGAAUCCGACUACAAGUCUGCCAGGUUCUACGACGAUGAGAAACCUUCGGAGGCUCACUCACGUGCAGAUGUCGAGAGUUACUUGAGCUGGAAGGUACAGUAUGCAGCCGUCUACCGUACAUAUAUAGAUCCAUACCUACCCAAGCCCAAUUGUUCUCCCGUGAAGAUUGCGGUUCUGGACUCUGGUGUCGACGACACGCACAACUCCCUCGACACGGGGCAGAUCGUGGCCAAGCGCAACUGGACGUCGGCCAACUUCAAAAAGUCGGCUCGUGACCUCGAUGGACACGGGACUUUUACAGCCAGUUUGGUCAUCGACUACGCUCCUGAUGCCAAGCUCUACAUAGCUAAGAUUGCCGAGAAAGAGCCCUCUCCCCCCAGAGUCGUUGCAGAGGCUAUCAGAACCGCCGUGGACGAUUGGAAGGUCGACAUAAUCUCUAUGUCCUUCGGAUACCCCACGAACCAGAUCGACGGCUAUAACGAACUCGAAAGCGCACUCCUUUACGCGCAUUCCAAGAACGUCUUGAUGUUUGCGGCAGCCUCGAACAGCGGUGCGAAUCUGGACCGAGCGUAUCCCACUCGUGACUCGCACGUUAUAUGCAUUCACUCGACCGACUCGAAGGGGAACCGGUCCAGGUUCAGCCCCACGGCGCUCCAUUGCGACGUCAACUUGGCCACGAUAGGCGAGGCAGUACAAUCGGCAUGGCCGGUUAACCUCUGCGAUCCGAGCGCUAAUCCAGACUGUGUCCAAUACAAGUCGGGUACCUCUUACGCAACGCCAAUCGCCGUAGGCAUUGCAGCGUUCCUUCUGCAAUAUGCACGGCUCCAUCUGCCGGACCAGGCAGACAUGCUCAAGCGCCAGUCCAAGAUGAAAGAGGUGCUUCUGAGACUAGCCGAGAAGACCCAGAAGUCCAUAAGCCGCGAUGACUAUCACUAUAUCACUUUGAGCUUGUACUCGGACAACCUCUUUGGCAAGGGUAGGGAGUUGAUAGACCCGACACUCUGCGACCUUUUGAACAGUUAGGGAACGAGGGCAGGCUUUAAUAUCCAACGCGUGAUCACAGC